AGAAAGAAAACGUUUCUGUUUCCAAGAGCGAACCUAUAUGGUGUCCCCGAGAUUUUGAUCUUACCAAGCUUUUUUCUGAUGAUUUUUCCUAUUUUGUUAUUCCUUUCGCCAUUGCAUCAUCCUCUCAACCUUUGAACGGAGAUACGCCACCGGCUGUGUGUCAAAAUGGGGCGAGCCAACAAUGGCAGGCACGACGGUAAGGCUACAGCAACGGAGGAGGAGCGAAACCUUAGGGAUAAGGUGGCGCAGUGGGAUAGUGAUCAAAUAAUCAAAGCUCUGAACAUGGAGGUUCCGGACGAACUCCGCUGCACCAAGUCAGACGGAAGAACUUGGCGGUGCAGCAGCUAUAGGAUUGCCGGGGGGAAACUCUGUCAAAAGCACCAUCUCCAGCCUUACAUACGCAACUUCUGCAGGAGAAAGGAGAACGGUGCUCACUCUCCCGCGUCUGCAAUGUCUGGUAGGGCAACCAAAAUCAGCUCGGAAAUUCCUGCUUCUACGAAGUUGCGGAGUCCGGUUCUUGCGGUUAAGAGGAGGAGAGUGGGACUAGCCGAGGAAUCGCAGCAAACCUCGCCUGACCAGUUGAUGCCGAAGCAGAAGCGGGGCAAAAUGGGGAAUGCAGAGAGUGAGAGGGGGGAAUCAGAGAAGAACAAGAAGAAAAUCCAUAACAAGGGGAUAGAGGAGGAAACGGAGGAAGCAAACUUUGCAAAAACGCUUAUGGCCAUGAAGGGACAGAAAACAGAGAGGAGCAGAAAAGGCGUAAAGAGAAAAGGAGAUGGUGAUAAAACAGUAGAAAGUUCUGACCAUACAGAAUCUGAUGAAGAUAAGGAUGGGAAAUGUCACAUGGAAAAGAACGGCUCUUGUAAGCAUAAAUGGCUAGCCGGGAGGAAGAGCAUUGAAAGGAAUACAUUUGACGAGGUGGAUAAUGCUGGUAACAGGUCAAAGAGGGUCAAUUCUGAGCUAAAUGCUGACAUUAAGGGUUCUGGAAGGAAGAGGGAUAGUUCUCCCAAAAGGGAGGAAGACCAGGUUUUGGAAAAGAAGGUUGGUUUUGAGAAAGAGGGGGAGACUGAGGUGGUGAGCCAGAUGAAAGUGAAGAUGUGUAAGGAGAAGGAAGUCAACAAAGAUGUCAUAUGUGGUGAUUCUGAGGAUACUGAGAGUGAUGAGUUGCUCAAAUCUGCUAAUAAAUCUCUAUCAACUGUGUACGUAACUAAGAGAGCAAGUAAGAUGUUACAAGAAAAUGAAGCUGUGAGUAUGAAAUUAGUUGUGAAUGAUGUUAUUUACCAAAGGAGAAGGAAGAAGAAUCUUAUUGAGAAUGGCUGUAAAAAUGUUUACAAGAAUGAGAAGGAUAGUGCAGUAAAUAAAGGGAAUGCAGUAAGUGGCAAUGACAAAUCACAACUUGUAGACAAAGAGUUCUCAGCAAGAAGUUUCGAGGGUUCAAGGAAAGGUCACACUGGUUUGGAAAAAUCUGCUAACAAGGGUUCCAAAAGGGAGUCAUUAGUAAAGAUGAAGGAUGCGAAGCUGCGAGAAAACAAAGAACCAAGGAUAGAAUUAGGAGAAAAGAAGGAGGAUUACAAGGACAUGGAUGAAUGUCCCUCUAGAAUUGAGACGUGUGUUAAAGUCAUAAACCAUGGAAAUAGAAGUGGUGGUAAAUAUAACUCAUCGGGAAAGAAGGAUGACAUUCCAAAACGAAAACAUGAGAAGGAAUUUGGUAUUGGCGAGGAUCCUGAUGAGCAACAUACUGCUAUUGGUGAGGAUCCUGAUGAGCAACAUACUGCUAAAGUGGUGGUAAAACCUGUUGUAAAGGGUGUCCAAAAUGACAAUUUAUACAAAAACGUGAAGAAAUUAGAGAUGAAAGUAAUAUUACAAGAGGGAGGGGGACAGGAUGAUGAUCCUGAAGAUGACUUUGACAGUGAUUUAAAGGAUGGGGAGGGUAAUGGGUUGAUUCAUGGAGAUUGUGCUGCAGGUAAGAAGCGGUCACAUUUAGAGGGGGUAAGGGAAAUCAUAGAAAAAGGUGAGAAUGCCAAUUUUCUCCAUGUUUCAGGGAGGAAAGAUAAUGCGUGUCCAGUAAAAUUUUCUGGAAAGAGUCCUCAGCCUGGAAUUCUGCUAAACAGGAACAAUAAAAAGUUGUAUGAAAAUAGAUUUAUCAAGGCAAAACACGCUCAGGGAAAAACUGCAACAUGUCAUAGCUAUGAUGAUGACUCUGGUUCUUGCCUUAGACGUAAAAAAAGGGUCAGAGAAGAGAUUGAGAUAGACUCAUUCCAGGAAAAGAGGAAUGGAGGCAAAUCAUCAACUUCACUGAAGAAAAGCCAUGAAGAAUGUGGCGGAGUAAAACCGAAAGUUGAUGAGAGGAGGAAGCACUUUAGUAAUGAUGACCCAAAUGAUGAUUGCCAGAUGUGCCAUCAGUGCAUGAAGAGUGAUAGAAGAGUUGUUCGAUGUCGCAAUGCUUGCCGCAGGCGCUAUUGUGCUGCCUGUAUUAGAAAUUGGUACCCUCAAUUGACAGAGGAAACAGUAGCAGAAAAGUGCCCAUAUUGUCGUGGAAGCUGCAAUUGCAAAGAUUGUUUAUCUAGACGUUUUGAUCAUGAGGUAUAUGAAGGAGCACCACAAAAUUAUGAUGAAAAGAGAAGCCGUCUUAAGUAUCUUGUACAUUUACUCCAUCCAUUUCUCAAGAAGUUUAAUGCUGAUCAAAUGGCUGAAAAGGAAAUUGAGGCCAACAUUCAGGGGGUGUCAUUGUCUGAAAUAGAGAUAUCAGUAGAACCUUGUCACGAAAAUGAGCGUGUGUACUGUGACAGUUGCAGUACCUCUAUUGUUGAUCUCCAUAGAAGCUGUCCUCUUUGCUCAUAUGAUCUCUGCCUGACUUGUUGCCGUGAAAUCCGAGAAGGUAAUUUGGGAGGAGGUGACAAAGAGAUUAUUGCUGAUGAUCAAGGCAGCAAGCUUACAGAGUGGAGAGCCUGGGAAAAUGGUGAAAUUCCUUGCCCACCUAAAGAAAAGGGAGGUUGUGGAAAUCAUAAGCUGGAACUAAAGCAUUUCUUGGCUGAAAGCUGGGUUUUUGAUACAAUGAAGAAAGUUGAAAGAUUAGUUGAAAACAUUGGAUUCUUUGAUGCGCUUCAAAUUCCCAAGGAACAGUGCCCCUGUUUCAGAGAUCAGAAUGUUGAUGGUGCACAAAAUAUUAGAAAAGCUGCCUCCAGAGAUUCUAAUGAUAACUAUUUGUACUGCCCAUCAGCAAGUGACAUCCAUGAUGGUGACCUUGAUCACUUUCAGAGACAUUGGAUCAUGGGAGAGCCUGUGGUAGUCAGAGAUGUUCUUGAAUGUACAUCCGGUUUAAGUUGGGAACCUAUGGUCAUGUGGCGUGCUUUUCGCAAAAUAAGUAUCAAGGAAGGUACAUCAGAUUUGACCGUAACAGCAAUUGAUUGCCUUGAUUGGUGUGAGGUGGAUAUAAAUAUUCACAUGUUUUUUAAGGGGUAUGCUGAAGGUCGGAAGCAUAAAAAUGAAUGGCCUGAAAUGCUCAAGCUGAAGGACUGGCCACCAUCUUCUUUAUUUGAGGAGCGGUUGCCACGUCAUGAUGCUGAAUUCAUUAGAGCCUUGCCAUACAAGGAGUACACACAUCCUCGUACUGGAAUUCUUAAUAUGGCAACAAAGCUAACAAAAGGAGCGUUGAAGCCAGACUUGGGACCUAAAACGUAUAUAGCAUAUGGGUUUGCGGAAGAGCUUGGGCGUGGAGAUUCUGUGACCAAGCUUCACUGUGACAUGUCAGAUGCGAUAAAUGUUUUGAUGCAUACUACUGAAGUGCAUUUAGCGGAGUCUCAGCUUUCUAAAAUUAAAAGAAUGAAGAAAGAAUAUGAUGCUACCGACCUUGAUGAAUUAUUCACUGUUGGUAGAGAUAAGCAAGUAGCUGAAAAGGAAAAAUUCCAGGAUGCUUUGCUUUUAGAUGCUGAGGCUGGUGGUACAACAGAUGAAGCCAAAUGUGCUAUGGUUAUUGCAUCUGAAAAAGAAGUCAUUCAGGAUGAUGUGCCUUUAGAGGUUAAAAUUGAGGCCGAUGAUGCAGAUAAAGCCAACUGUGUGAUGGCUAUAGCAUUUGAAAAGGAAGUUAUUCAGGAUGAUGUGCCUUUAGAGGUUAAAGUUGAGGCAGAUGAUACUGCUGGUUCCAUGGGAGUAACAAUUGAUAACGCUUCUCUUGUGUCACCAUUAGAUGGUAAAUGUGUGCAAGAUGAAAAAGAAAGACAAUUAGAUUCGAAUGAUGUUAUUCCUUCUGAAAUAAAUGAGAACCAGGAUGGCGAUUUGUCUUCUGAAGAGAUAGCGAAUGGGGUAGAUAUAACUGAUGGCGGGGCGGUCUGGGAUAUUUUCCGGCGACAAGAUGUUAAGAAGCUUGAGGAUUAUCUUACAAAGCAUCACAAGGAAUUUCGGCACCUGCAAUGUCGUCCAUUAGAGCAGGUUGUUCACCCCAUUCAUGACCAAUGUUUCUACAUGAACUCGUACCAUAAGAAGAAGCUCAAAGAAGAGUUCGGUGUUGAACCUUGGACAUUUGUCCAGAAACUUGGAGAAGCAAUUUUGAUACCGGCUGGAUGUCCCCAUCAAGUUAGAAACAUUAAGUCUUGUAUAAAGGUUGCUGUUGAUUUUGUUUCACCUGAAAAUGUGGGAGAAUGCUGUCGCUUGACCGAGGAAUUUCGUGUUCUUCCCCACGAGCACAGAGCUAAGGAAGACAAGUUAGAGGUAAAGAAGAUGAUCGUGCAUUCAAUCGGACGUGCUGUGGCUGAACUGGAGCAACUACAAAUGGAUUGCAAAAAUAACGAGGCUAAGCAAUCCUCCAGCUUGGGUUCUGAUUCAGAUAAUUCCCAGUAACUAGUCUGACAUUUGCCUUCUUCAUUGUGUGCUACAUCUUAAUCAAGCUAUAGCCAACCAUCCUGAGUGAGGUGUUUCGUAGUGCAAAUCAGGGGCGGAUCCAGGAAUGAGGGGUGGGGUGGGCUAAGCAGUAAAAAAUUUCGUUAUUGCAUACAAAAGGUUUAGCUUAGGACUGCUAGUUAUUGAACUGAGUUUUUUUUCGAACUACUCGAGUUCGAUCGUGAUUUUGAAUUUAAUUUAAUGACCAAAUCUUAACGAACUUCAAUCUCGAACACGGGCUAAAUUUUAGUUUAAAUAGUUUGUUUUUACAAAAAAA